GGGGCCGCGGGAGGGGCGAAACUAGCGGGUGUUGGAGGUGGUGGCGGCGGCUGCAGCAUGGCCGGGCAGCGGGUGAACGUGAACGUGGGCGUGCUGGGUCACAUCGACAGCGGGAAGACUGCACUGGCGCGGGCGCUGAGCACCACUGCCUCUACAGCCGCUUUCGACAAGCAGCCGCAGAGCCGCGAGCGCGGCAUCACGCUUGACCUAGGCUUCUCGUGCUUCUCUGUGCCGCUGCCCGCGCGCCUGCGGUCUGCGCUGCCCGCGCCCCACCUGGCGCCGGACGCCGGGCCUGAGCCCCGCGAGCCACAGCUUCAGUUCACGCUGGUCGACUGCCCCGGGCACGCCUCCCUCAUCCGGACGAUUAUUGGCGGGGCCCAGAUCAUUGAUCUGAUGAUGCUGGUCAUCGAUGUGACCAAGGGGAUGCAAACCCAGUCAGCGGAGUGCCUUGUGAUCGGGCAGAUUGCCUGCCAGAAGCUGGUUGUAGUGCUGAACAAGAUAGACCUCUUGGCUGAAGGGAAGAGGCAGGCAGCGAUUGAUAAAAUGACCAAGAAAAUGCAGAAGACCCUAGAGAGCACCAAAUUCCGAGGUGCACCGAUUAUACCUGUGGCGGCCAAGCCUGGAGGACCAGAGGCCCCUGAAACAGAAGCUCCACAAGGCAUCUCAGAGCUCAUUGAGCUCCUGACGUUCCAGAUUUCUAUUCCAACGAGAGACCCCUCGGGAUCAUUCCUCAUGUCUGUGGACCACUGUUUCUCCAUCAAAGGCCAGGGCACUGUGAUGACAGGGACCAUCCUCUCAGGCUCCAUCAGCCUCGGCGACAGUGUGGAGAUUCCUGCCCUCAAGGUGGUGAAGAAGGUCAAGUCCAUGCAGAUGUUCCACAUGCCUGUCACCACAGCCAUGCAGGGAGACCGGCUCGGCAUCUGUGUCACCCAGUUUGACCCCAAGCUGCUAGAACGCGGCUUGGUGUGUGCGCCUGAGUCCCUGCACAUCAUCCACGCAGCCCUCAUCUCUGUGGAGAAGAUCCCAUAUUUCCGAGGCCCCCUGCAGACCAAGGCCAAGUUCCACAUCACGGUGGGCCACGAGACGGUCAUGGGCCGGUUGAUGUUCUUCAGCCCUGCCCCUGACAGCUUUGACCACGAGCCUGUGCUGGAUGCCUUUGACUUCUCCCGAGAAUACCUGUUCCAGGAGCAGUACCUCUGCAAGGAUCUGGCGCCAGCAGCAACAGAUAGUGGCCAGACCAACGAGAAAGCAGGCCAGGCCCCAGAUGGCCACUGCCCCCGACAACAGUGGGCCCUUGUGGAGUUUGAGAAGCCUGUCACGUGCCCUCAGCUGUGCCUGGUGAUUGGCUCCAGGCUGGAUGCAGACAUUCAUGCCAACAUGUGCCGACUGGCCUUCCACGGCGUCCUGCUGCAUGGGCUGCAGGACAAGAACUAUGCGGAGAGCCUCUUGCCUAGGCUGAGAGUAUACAAGCUGAAGCACAAGCAUGGCCUUGUGGAGCGGGUGAUAGACGACUACAACGUGAUCGGCCGCUCCCUGUUCAAAAAGGAGACCAACAUCCAGCUCUUUGUGGGGCUCAAGGUGUACCUGUCCACUGGGGAGCUGGGGGUCAUCGACAGCGCCUUUGGCCAGAGUGGCAAGUUCAAGGUCCACAUCCCCGGUGGCCUCAGCCCCGAGUCCAAGAAGAUCCUGAUGCCAAGCCUCAAGAAGCGGAGCCGAGCUGGCCAAGGGGAGGUGGCCGAGCGGAAGGAGGGAGUGGAGCAGCCCGAGCCUGCACACCAUGUGACACUCAGCCUGUCUUUCAAGCGUUACGUCUUCGAUACCCAUAAGCGUAUGGUCCAGUCUCCCUGAAUGCCCCAGUGCUCUCCCCCAGGGCCACCUUGCCCGGGCUCAGGCUAGAGAGCUGGUGGCCAGCGUCUCCCGGGCUACACAGCUGGUGGCCACUGAGAGCCACUCCCCACCCUGUCCCUCAGCAGCCAGACACUUGCCAGCUGCAAAUAAAUGUCUUGUGGUGCGUCCCCCCACACACCCCACUCCGAUGGUCUCUCCGAUCUCACCUAAGGGUUCCCCUCCCUCCCUCGCCGCUCAGGUCUCUUCCCAGGGGGAAUGUCAGUGGAACCACGAGGGCUCCUGCCAAGGGGAUUGGGGGAGGUACCCAACUAAGAGCCCAGUGGGUUGAGGAGUCCACAGGGUAUUAGGCCCUUAGGCCAAGCUGGGUGGCUCCCAGAGUCUCCUGGCCCUUCAGGGAGCAUGGGGGUUCUCUGGGAAGCUGAGUCAAGGAAGGGCACCCAUGGGGUGUCAAGCAGCAGUGGAGCACCAGGCCAGGGCAUUAGGCAUAGGGAGGCUGGAAAGGUUGCUCGUCCAUCCUGACUCCAAGAGUCCCUAGGCCCCUGCCCCUGAGUUUGGAGCCCACACUCCCCAGAGCUGGUGACAGCCCUGCACACAGCGUGCUGAAGGCCAGGGUAUGUGAGCACAGCCCUUGCUCCUUGCUGCCGCCUGCACCCACAGGCCAUCCUACCUUGAGACUCAAGGUAGUAUCUGUUGAUACUCAGAAAAGGGAGAAAUGGCAGAACCACCUGAUUGAGGGGAAAAUCAAAGAUUUUAAAAGACAGUCGUAGAAUGAAUAGAUGUUCCAACGUUCCUUUAUUUGGCCUCCAAACAGACACACAGGCCUCACUUUUAUCCUAGUAAUCAGUGCAUUAUGCUUUAAUUUGCAAAACUGGCAUUAAAAAUAUGAACAGGGGCAGGUUUCGAUCAAAUGACUUGGGGUUGUUAAGCCCUGGAGCUGCAGGCAGAGAGGAAAAAGGGAGUGGUGCUGCAGAACAGGAUGUCCUUGUGUGCGGUGGCCUGCAGCAGACAGCCCUCAUUACACACCCCAGCGGCAGGGCAGACCCUCCCCACCCCGCGUGAGCGGGUGCAGGUGAAGGUCACUGGCCAGCGACUCUCCCCAGCCCUCACAGGGCCCCAGACAUCCGGCAGGGGGCAACAGUUAAGGGCAACAACUGAGGGGUGGGUGGGCAGGGAGGGUCCAGGCCUGGCCCCCACUUCCCCUGUGCUGGGAAUGAACUGGGAGGACAGUUUGGGGAGAGUGAAGAGGUACCCUGAACAGGGCUCCUGCUGCUGCAGUGGGGGGCUCCUGGAGGAUCCGCCUCCCAGCUCCUGGGAAACCGCUGCCGAAGGGGGUGCCUCCGAUAACAGUGGGCCUGUUGCGUGGCCCUCCUCCCACUGCAGACCAGGCUCUGGCCCUGUCGUACAGACCUCGCCCCUGCCCUGCAGAACGUUUCCUCAGAAACAUGUUGCUACUGAGCUGAGGCCACUCCAGCUCAGCAAGGCACUGAGCUUCCCGUGAGGGCUCAAGGACAGGGCCCUUCAGCUCCAGCCCAGUCCACUCCUGGGGGAGCAGAAAAGGCCUCUGUGAGCACCUGUUGCUGCC